CAACUCAAGCUGCCAAAGCACCAUCUCGACUUCAUUUGCAAACCUACCAGCUCGGCAUCAGAACACAUCACUGCAAAUAUGUUCAAGCGACUAUUUGGAGAGCACGGCGCAAAGAAUGUCGUAACUCUCUUCCAUGCGCCUUCCAACCAAGCCUCAACGCGUGUCCUCACCCUACUCAAACAAGCUAAUGCGCAAUCUGUUGCGCAUGCAACCGAAGAUCAGGCAUCAUCUCACCAAGCCCAAGACAAGGCUGAGCGCACAGAAUUCGAGCUCGAUGUUACAGAGGCCCCACCUACCACCGACCAGCUCAAGAACAUUCUGGACUACCUAGGCGGACCAAGCGCGGCAGGAAAAGUCAUCAGUGGGGCAGAGAGCGAGACCGAUGCUAUGCGACGGCUGAAGGCUGAUGCCGCGACAUUCCAACGACCGCUCGUUGUGGAUUGGAACCAGGGCAAGGCGGUCGUUGGUGAAAACGAAAGUGAAAUCAUGAAGCUGGUACGCUCAGUGUCAAAGGAGAAAGACAGCGCGUAGGGAGAGUAGGAUAGAUUGAUUUGCACUAUACCUAUUGCAUCGACUCAGAACACUGUAAACUGAGUCGUACGUCAACUUCAGCAGAGAGAAUUAUUUGAAAGGUACUGCUGGGCCUUUCGUCUCCUCACAGCUCGACCGCUUGAUGACUAACGCGACCUGCUUCCAAGCGACGGGUGAUUGCGUCUCUCAUCAGAGAUUGAUCCAUACAUCUGUAUAUGUAAAGUAUCCCUUCUAAGAGAUUUCUUAGUUAUUCUCAAAGAGUGGGUGCGGCAGUUCUCGUUGCUUGUUCCGUGCUCCAUACCGCUUCACUUCCAAAUGUCCAGUCUUCUUCUCUAGCCAUGUUCAUUACUUCUCAUACCAAGCGCCUCUAUGAUAGGCAGAAACUACAUAAUAUCUGUG